UAGUAUCGCGUCAUUCAGUAAGCGGCUACCCAGUACGAGUGUACGGCUCCUCUCGCAUCUCGCCACUCUCACUGCGAACCUGCAGAAGACGUUAGAUUUUUACAACUGAAAACCAUUUCCUUCAGCUUCAAAACGAUACAGUACAAUUCCACCCCCGGUAAAAGAACGUUGACAACGGUUCAGUGCUCCACUGCAGCAGACGGUCUUCAUGAUGUCAUCGUAUUAUCAUACGGGGAAAGAGCUGGACAUGGCGGCGAUGACGGAACCGCUCUGUUUGGAAAGAGAUGUUUGCAGAGUGAUAGAACUGUUGGACAGGCUUCAGAGAAGUGGUGAACUUCCUCCUCCCAAACUCCAGGCUCUACAGAGAGUUUUACAGAGCAAGUUCUGUGCUGCCAUCCGAGAGGUCUAUGAGCAGCUCUAUGAUACAUUGGACAUUGUAGGUGGGCCUGAGGUCCGUGCACAAGCCACCGCGAAGGCCACAGUAGCAGCGUUUGCAGCCAGCGAAGGCCAUGCACACCCAAGAGUGGUUGAGCUCCCUAAAACAGACGAGGGGCUUGGGUUCAACAUCAUGGGUGGAAAAGAGCAAAACUCUCCCAUCUACAUCUCCAGGGUCAUCCCAGGGGGUGUUGCUGACCGACAGGGUGGUCUGAAGAGAGGAGAUCAACUGCUCUCUGUUAAUGGAGUGAGUGUGGAGGGAGAACAUCAUGAGAAAGCUGUAGAGCUGCUAAAAGCAGCACAGGGUUCAGUGAAGCUGGUGGUGCGUUACACCCCUAAAGUCCUAGAGGAGAUGGAAGCCAGAUUUGAGAAGAUGAGAAGUGCCAGGAGACGCCAGCAACAUACCAGCUACUCGUCUUUGGAGUCCAGGGGUUAACCAAUCUCAAUUUGUGACUGACCUGCUGAUCCAUUCUUCCACCCUCUCUGCUCCUAUAGGAUGACAGAAGACCCAGAGGAGAUCAGUGUAGACUACCCUUAGCUAUUUCUAUGUUAGUGGAACGAUCUCAAAACAUGUAGACCUCAAAUAUACUAUUUUCCCUGGCCAUGCAGAGGGAGAGACUGCAUAGUGCAUCUGGUCUGUCUUGAGUCUAAUUUUCUAUUGUAUUCUUAUGUGGAACCUGCACCCUGUGAUAUUCUCGGGGGUUUUGUGUGUGUGUCUGUUAGCACAGAAGAGAACGUUCAAAAUUGGCUGGUACAGUAUGUGUACUUAUAGGACUUUGUGUCGUAGGAUUAUUGCUGAACUGAAUGGCAUGAUGGCUCCAACUUAGACCAUUAUUCAUUCACUCAUGUAUCGAGUCAGUCAAGUGUUUCAGAAGACAUGCGUUGACGUUAGAGUUAAAGCUAUGCAUCCCAUUUCUAUAAGUAUUCUUGUAUCAUGUGUUUUGCUCUGUGUGAACUACAUCAGGAGUAUACAAACACUGUUAUCUCAAAAGAGACUUCCUGAAUGAACUGAUUGCUCUGUACUAAGCAUGAACAGAUUGCUCCGUACAAAGCAUGCCACACUCAAAUAUGGUCGUCAUGAUGAAAGUGUGCUGCUAUGAGUGGCUUUGCGCUGCCAGUCAUAGUGCCUAUGUUCAAUGCUUGAAUUUUUCAGUUUAUUUAUAUAUUUAUUCAUACAUUAAAACCAACAAUGUAAUUUAA